UGCAUCAAUUAAAAUGUUCAGUUAAAUCAGGACUGUGUGCGCAUUCAUUUAUAGUGAACAAUUGUGUAAAAGUAGGGCUGAGACUAAAGACAUGGUUCAGUUUGAGGAUGAAGCUUUUAAGGGUGUGGCUAUUGGAAGAGGAGGAAUUGUUUGCUGUGUAUUGGAGAAAGUCAGCUGAGAGAUAGCAUGGAUAGCAGAAGCAAGAGCAGUUAUGGAAAAGCAGUCUUGUAAUACUAUGUGUGCAUUUUGCUCUCUGUGACCGGGCUGACGCAUGGCUUUACACACGCCAGACACUGACUCUUUUCUCAUCUAUCUGAAGUGGAUGUGAUAUCCAAGAGAGACAUUACAGAACUGAAUCAUGGCUGUGGCCGGAUGUCCGGAUUAUUUUCUACACCAUCCAAAUUACAAGGAUAAUGUAGAACGAGCUGCCAAUCACAGACAGGCAGAUCUGAUUGGACCAAGUUUUCAGCAGUCAACCAAUCAGAAUUCAGCUAGAUAUCAAGAGGAUGACGUGGAUCUAGAAGCUCUGGUGAAUGACAUGAACUCGUCCUUUGAGAGUCUGUACGCUUCUUGCAGUGUUCAGACUGAAUCCACUCCACUGCUGCACAAUGGCCAGCAGCCGCACCGACCCGCUGCGUGUCACACACACUCUCAGUCCACCUCCCCACACCAGAGACUGCGGCGGUCCCAGCCUAUGCACAUCCACGCUGUCAGAAGACUUCAGGAAGAGGAGCAACAGUACCGAACGUCCUCUCUACCUGCCAUCCCCAAUCCCUUUCCUGAGCUCUGCAGCCCUGCGAGUUCCCCUACACUCAGCUCUGGCUCCUUACCUCAGUGUCAGCCCUCAGGCAAAUAUGUAAGAGACCCUUUGUUCUCAUUCCUCUCUCACUGCAAGGACUAGUUUACUCAAAAAUAGAAAUUCUGUCAUACAUACUCAUCACCACGUUGGGCCAAACAACAAAGCAAUAUUUUCUUUCUUCCAUGGAACACAAAACGAGAAAUUCUGAAGAAUAUUUGCGCAACACAUUUUUAGAAAACAUCAG